UUCCGGACUUAAAUGAAUUACGCACCAGUUUCAUCAUGGCGAAGCAUCUCCGCUUCAUCGCUCGGACAGUGAUGGUUAAAGAUGGAGACGUCGAAAAUGCGUACAAGAUUUUAAACAGGGUCCUGUCUCAAGACGGGAUCCUUGCAGCAGCGAGGAGCAAACGCUACUUCGAGAAGCCCUUCCGACAGCGACAGCGGAUAAACUUUGAGAAAUGCAAGCGCAUAUACAACACGGAGAUGGCUAAAAAGAUUUCCUUCGUUUCCAGGAUGAACAGAGAGGAUCCCUGGCUUGGCUGCUAAAAGGAAAUAAUGUGUUAAAGACUGGAUAUCAAUGAUGGACUAACCAAGUAAACAACAUCAAAACAGAGUCUUUGUUUCUUCUACUAAGACUUGAGAAAAUACCAACAACAGCACGGACGUGCUGGAAGAUUGCCAUUUUUGACCAUAAAAUAAAGCAAUU